AUGGCAAUCCCCAAGGAAACCCCUUUUGAAAUUAAAAAGGAGCUUACUCCUUUCGGCUUAAAUGCUUGCUCGGUGUUGGGUCCAUUAAAUGGACAAGUCAUUAAAGUGCUGCACAAAGCUUCUGGAAAUGAAUCUAACGGGAAAACUACAGUCAUGGAGGUUAACCCAAAUGGAGCUGCUACUGUGGUGGCAGGAUGCUCUGUUCCAAAGGGUACCUGGAGUAACGAGGUAGAGCCAAGUAACCUUGUGGAGCUAAUGCUCGAAAAUGAGAUGCUAAGGACGAUGGUUGAGACCAAUAGGAAUUUUGAUCAAGGGGUUUUGAACCAUAGAGGUUUGGCUGCUGGUCGAGGAAAUGGAAGAGGUCCAUCACAAGAGGGUGGAAGGACUGGCAGUAACACAUCCACUUGGGUGGCAAGGGUGAUGUUGGAAAUGGCCAUAGGAACAGAACUAAUGCAAGGCUGCUAG